AGCUAGCUAGUAGCUGUAGCUGCCAUGGCCAAGCAUCUCGCCUUCGUCCUCCUCGUCCUUGCCGCCCUAGCCGCCUUCUCGUCGGCGACCAAGCUGACCAUCCACAACCUCUGUCCGCACCCGGUCUGGCCGCUCGUCACCCCCAACGCCGGCCUUCCCUCCAUCUCCGACAAUGCUGCGCGCCUCGACACCAACGCGAUUCUCUCCCUCACCUUUCCGUCCACCUUCUGGGCAGGCCGCGUCGCGGCCCGCACCGGCUGCGACGACGGAACGUUGCCGCCGCGCGGGUGCUUCACGGGCGACGCGCCGCCAUCCACCGUCGCGCAGAUCACGGUCCACGACAGCGGGAACCUGGACCUCGCCGCGUACAGCGUCAGUCUCGUAAACGGGUUCAACGUGCCGAUGGUGUUGAGUCCGCAGGCCGGCGGCGGGCAGUGUCCGGCGCUCGGCUGCGCCGUGGACCUCAACUGCGACUGCCCUCCGGACAACCGGGCCGCCGAAGGCACCGCGUGCCACGGGCCCGCGGGGUACUUCAAGAACCGUUGCCCGCUCACGAGGACGACGUCGACCGACGUGGAGCCCGUGCCGCAGAGCUGCCGCGCGCCCGGUGAGCUCAAGAUCGUCCUCUGCCAGUCGUCCAUGCUCCAGCGCGGCGCCGCGGCGGCGGAGGACACCGACAUGGUCAUCCGCACUAUCGUCGCCGACAACUAGAGCACAGAGCUUCCGUGUCGUAUGUCCUUCUGGCUUUGCCGUACUUCUACGCCAUGCACGAUCCAUCGUAGAGUUAAGAGUUCGUAAGCGUUAAUUAAGGCCCUGUUCGGACAUCCAUCAGAUGCGUGAAAUUAGAGGAGUUAAGAAGCACCUAAUUUUCAACUCCAGUAUUUAGUCUAUAACUCUGCCGGCUCCGUGGAGCCGGGUCUAGGAGCGGAGGGACUCCGAACACUUCCUAAGUGGCCAGUUUUCAUACAAAUGUCACAGUUUGAAUGUUUUUUUAUGAACUCUAGAACUUGGAACAAUUGUUGUACGGUAUUUUCAAUAUGUGUAAAAACAUAUGUGUAAGGUGGUCAA